UUGGCAACCGGAGGCUCUCGUUACAUUUCGGAACGUUGGGACAACAGGCGGGCGCUCCUAUUGGCCGCCUCGGCCCGACCGAAUGUGACUGUCGCCGACGUUCGCUGGGGAUCGGCCGUAGGGGAGCCGCUGCUGCAGUAACCGCGGGGCCGGCCGAGGCUUGUUCCAGCCCCCGGGGCCCGGGCCUUGCCGGGACCCGCCUUCCCCCGCCGCAACAUGCCCUGACCUAGCGGGGCUCGCUGCUCAAGGUGGAGCAUGGCUGAGCUGGUUCAUAAAAGGGGGAAGAGGCGGGAUGACAACGGGCUGGGUGGUGCUGUUGACUUCCUGUUGGCCAAUGCCAGACUGGUGCUUGGGGUGGGCGGUGCUGCUGUGCUGGCCAUUGCAACUCUGGUGGUGAAACGGCUGAUAGACCGAGCCACCAGCUCGCCUGACGAGGACAAGGCUAAGGCAGACCAGAAGUCCAUCGAGGAGAGCUGGCAAGAUCUGAGCCUGAUCAAGGCCGUGCCGAAGCCACCAAAGAAGCAAAGCCGGGCAGAUCUCAGCGAGUCUCAGCUGUCCCUGACUGCAGUCCUACCUGCCCAAGCUGCAGAGCCUCAAGGCCAACCCAGCUCCCCGGAGAUUCCCCAGGUAGAACCCAGGACGCUGCUUUGUCUCACAUUCCAGGAGAAACUCCUCUCUUAUUACAGAAACUACGUUGCCAUCCCGGAGACGGAGGUCGCCCGUGGGAAGCAGCUAGCGAGGGACAUCUGCAUAGAACUGCAAAGCUUCCUGCAGAACAAAUGCUCGGAACUGCCUUUCGGCAGCAUGUACCUUGGGGGCUCGCUCUGUGAUGACCUCCAGGUUGUGGCUGCCGACCAUGUCUGCUUCAUGCUGCCCUUGGUGUUUGAAACCACGCUCUGGAGCCUCAUCCCAGGAGAGGACACCAUCAUAAAAGACCCCCAGUUUUGGAUGAUCCGGCGGACUGACCUGGAGUACAUCCCUCGUGGGAGCAGCCCCUGGGACAGGUUCAUCGUGGGCGGGUACCUCUCCUCCAACGCGCUCAAUGAGGCGCUCCAUAAAAUGCUGGUGGCCUCUGUCAACUGGCCUGCCAUAGGCAGCCUGUUGGACUGCAUCAUCAGACCCGUGGUGGCUUCUGAGGAGCUUCAGUUGGAGGUCACACACUACCAGACCCAGCUGAACAUAACCCUCUGCCCAGUGACAGAAGCGGGGGAUAAGAUUCUUCUUGCCAACCCUCCAAAAGGACGUGUGGAAAACCUCUGGCGACAAAGCUUCUAUAGGUCCGAGGUCUCCAAGCUUAAAGAUCUGGAUGCUGCAGACUCGGGAGCCAGGCAGUGCUGCCUCAAAAUCCUAAAAGGGGUGUGUAAAAACCAUCCCUUCUUGAGCAAACUGACCGGCAGCUUCCUGACUCACGUCCUCCUCCACCUCAGUGAAACCGAGUCCGACUGGGCAGAGGAGGCCUUGGCCGCGAGGUUCCAGCAAGCGAUCGAAGAGCUGGUUGGCUACCUGGAGAGAAGCUCCCUCCCCUGCUAUUUCAACAGCCACAUUAACUUGUUCUGUGAGCUGCUGGAAGAGGAGAUAGAUGAGAUGGGCUAUGAACUCUACCGGGCUGUAUCCGAGCCAGGCCUCUUGCUGCAGGAAUGGGCGUAUAAAUGAAUUGCUAGUCUGAGCGUGUCUCAUCGUUGGUGGGUGGUGGGUGGUUUUUUUGUGUGCUUCUGUCUGUCCACUUCUCCAAGCCAAGUGGAAUUGUGAAGCUUCUAACUUACGAGGUGUUACCAGGUGAAACCCUUGCACUUACUGAAUGAUUCACUCUUUCAAUACCCAGUGCCUGAGGAAAGGGAUGGGAGGUGGCAUCUGGAGCCAGUCACUGCUGGGUCUCCAGUCCAGCUUGGACCAUCCAUUGCGUGUUGAAGUUGGAUGACAUGGGUUUGGCCCCUGUCAAACUGCCAUCACAGUUGGCCCUGUCGCAUGAAGAGGCGCAGGAUUGAAUGCGCCUGGAAGCAUGGAGAGCCUCCCGCUGCCACUGCUGGUGCUGAACCCAGGCUCUGUACAAACUGGAUUUCAGUCUCCAGGGCUCUCAAUCCAGCCCCUUUCAGGAGCACAAAAUUCACCCUGAAAGUGACAGGCUCUAAACUGCUGGAGUGGGGGCGGUGAUGGAACCUGGUGUGUAUUUGCAACCCCAGGAUCUGGGCCAUAGGAAGGGACAGGCCUGGGGGGGGAGAGAUCAGGUGAAACUGAUUAUGCACCACAGGAUAUUGCCAUAGCUAAUCAAAUCUCAUUUGCUUUCUUCUGAAGCACUUCCAGUGUUAUGAAUGUAGCCUCCCACCAGGACAAGCUAACCCUAACGGGCGCUCUGUUCAUGGGAGCUGUAAUAGGAGGGGUUCCGUACCCUCAGUGUGUGUGUCUCUUUUAACGCUCCCUCCUUAUGCACUUUUUACUUUAGCGGGGGCGCCACGGUGGGAUUACUGGUGGGGCUUGCAGGAGAGAGACGAGUACUACAGGAUAGGCCCAUCUGCUUUGCAGAAACGAAGUGAUUCUGAAUCGUGCUACAGCUAGAGACACGUGCUGUAACUACUGCUCUUGGGCCCCAAUGUCGUCCCCCCCUCCCGCUUUACAAAGACUGGGGACUGUCCCCAUGAGCCAAGCUUUUCAGAUCGAACCCUGUUUCAUGCCUGUGGUGCUGCUGCCUAACCAUCCUGCCCCUUCGAGGUCCCCAGUACGACUCUGCUCCCAGAAAGGGGCAGGAUGGGGACAGUGAGUCUUACAUCAGAAGGCUCCCUGUAGGCAAGAGCCGACUUGAUUAUUUUUAUGUUUGUUUGUCUUCCUGCUAAGAAUGAGUUUCCUUGAGCACGGCUGAUGGUGUUACUUGGGUACCAGCUCUACCCAAUACGAGGCAGACGUUUUCUGACUGUUCUCAUGAAUUCAGAACCGUGUUUGUUGUGCACUCUAGGGAUGGAAAAUAAACCUUUAGCCUUUUAAUGUGA